UACGCUCGUGGCGGCACACGCCCUACGACUUCCUCCAUUGUCCUUCUUUCCGAGAUUCUCUCCGCGAGGAAGGAUGGCUCAGAACAAUUAUUUCGGCUUCACCCACGGCGGGACGCAAUAUGGGGCGACCAGCGCCGCCGCAUAUCAGACCGGCCAGGCGGGAUACGCGGUAACCCCGGCGGCUACCGCUGCUACGUACACUCAACGACCCGCUGCCGCAGCCGCGACCGGCUACGAAACCUAUCAGGCGGCUGCCGCCGCGGCCGCGACCGGGACGACUUACGCAGCUGCGAAUCCUGGUACUGUAGCUCAAACUUACGACUACGGCUACGGACGAGCUGCUCCGGCGGCUACGUACGACGCUACCAAAACAUAUUACCAGCAACCAGCAGCUGCUGCAGCAACAUACACCACAACUGAAACACACUAUCAGGCUGCAAAACCUGCUUACAGUACGACCAGUGCCUACACUGGCACUGCCAGACAAGCCACUACGACUGGUCAAGCUAAGACCUAUCAAGCAUCUAGUACAGCUUAUCAGCAAUCGAAUCCUACGCAGAGCGCUACUUAUUCGUCGGGAUACACUGCUCCAGCUACGCCCGCCGCGACCCCAUCAACCGCGACAAAUAAAACGGCGAGUACAACGUAUUCCGGCUACGACGCAGCGCUAUAUAGCGCUGCGACUAUGUAUGUAGCCCAACAGAGUGCAAACAGCAAUUCCACUAACCAGAAGACUGGAGGUUGGCAGGGCUACGGACGGAAGGGAUUCGGAGCUGGUGGGGGAGGGAUGAAGGCAAUGCGGCCCAAGCAGCCACCUAAACCUCAGCAACUACACUAUUGCGAUGUCUGUAAGAUCAGCUGCGCCGGGCCACAGACCUAUCGCGAGCAUCUGGAGGGACAGAAGCACAAGAAGAAGGAGGCUUCCUUGAAGGUGCCGCAGCAGCCACCGGCGCGCGGUGCAGGCAACAGUCUUCGCUGUGAACUUUGUGAUGUGACUUGCACUGGAAACGAUGCCUACGCCGCUCACAUUAGGGGUGCCAAGCAUCAGAAGGUCGUCAAAUUGCACACUAAACUUGGGAAACCGAUACCAAGUGCGGAUCCCACCGUUCUAAACCCGAAACCAGCUGCAGCCGCGAAAGCUGCGACUACCAAGAAGCCGACAGUGACAGCAACGCCUAAAAUCAAUUUCGUCGCCUCUGGAAACUUGGGUACGGUGAAUCAAAAUCAAACUGCUGAGGUUAAGCAGGAGGAACCGGCUGCCGAAGAAACUGUGGAAGAGUCGACGGUCGAUGAGAAGGAUAUUCAACCGGUUGGCCAGGAGUACAUCGAGGAGAAUAAAUCCGAGGACGGAAAGAUCAUAAGCUUCAAUUGUAAGCUAUGCGAGUGCCGAUUCAACGAUCCCAAUGCCAAAGACAUGCAUAUGAAGGGCCGCCGUCACAGAUUCGCCUACAAGAAGAAAGUCAAUCCUGAUUUGAUCGUCGACAUGAAACCGAGCCUUAAGCAGCGCAAGAUGCUGGAGGAGAAACUACGUAGGCAACAAAUGCGCGACGAGUAUUUACGGCGCAGAGAAGAGAUCAAUCAGUUGGGACCUAUGGGGCCCAUGAUGGACGAGGAGAUGAUGUAUUGGGAGGAGAGACGCCGCUACGAGGAGGAAUGCGAGUAUUACGAGUGGUACCGACGGUACGGCCGUGGACCGGGUGCCCCGCCGAUGCCACGUCCGUUCCAAGGACCACCGCCUAUGAUGAUGUUCCCAGGCCCCCAGAGGCGACCGGAUUCGUCGGACGACAAACAUGUAUUGGCGCAUCAUACAACUAUUUAUCCCAAGGAACAAGAACUGUUAGCAGUCCAGAAAAUAGUUUCUAACACCGAGAAAGCAUUGAAGUUUGUGUCGGAUGCUUUGGCUGAGGCUGGUAAAAAGAAUACUCCUGCCAAUGCCAAUGCUACCGCGGCAGCAACGGUACCAGCAGCCGGUACUCCGCAGGCAAAUGCCGAUGCAUUGAAGAAAGAAGAGGCUGACAAGAAGAAGGCAAUCACGCCACAAAAGGAAGAUGGAAGCGAUGGGAAUCUAUUUUCGUUUCAAAAGGAAAAAGAAGAUUCCAGGAUACUUCGUGGCGUUAUGCGUGUCGGAAACUUGGCUAAGGGGCUGUUGCUGUCCGGUGAUAAUCACGUUUGUCUUGUUGUUUUGUGCGCAGAGAAACCUACUAGGACAUUGCUCAAUAAGGUCGCCGAGAUUUUGCCAGGUGAAUUGAAGAAUGUAUCUCCUGAAGAAACUUACAACGUCGGAAAGCAUCCGGAAUCCGCGGCUUUAACUGUCUCGGGGGGCACGGUCACCGUCAGCGUGACGCUCACCAGUCCCCUGAUGCGUGAGUCACCAAAGUCGACUGCAGCAGCAGAUAAUGGUGGACAGCAGCAGCAGGAAGCUGCUCAACUGCAAACAACGCCCGCGGCCCCCACCGUGACGAAACCAGACCCACCAGAUGUACUUCCCAAGGCUAAGUGUUUGGAGGCUUUAGCUGCACUCAGGCAUGCGAAGUGGUUUCAGGCUAGAGCUACCUCGCUGCAGAGCUGUGUUAUGGUUAUCCGUAUAAUGCGCGACCUGUGCAAUCGUGUGCCAACAUGGGGUCCGCUAAAUCCUUGGGCAUUGGAAUUGCUGACUGAGAAAGUGAUCAGUACCGCGGGAGGUCCUCUUAGUCCCGGUGAAGCCUUAAGAAGACUUCUGGAAUGCGUAGCUGGAGGAAUAUUGCUACCGGGUAGUCCAGGAUUAUCCGAUCCGUGCGAGAAGGAGCCGGUCGACGCGAUAGGAAAUAUGACGUCCCAACAGCGGGAAGACAUAACCGCGUCCGCGCAGCACGCACUGCGACUAGUGGCGUUCCGCCAGAUUCACAAAGUCCUGGGUAUGGAGCAACUGCCGCCGCCGAAGUUCAAGGGACGAUUUGCCCGGAAGCGAAGACGCGACAACAGCAACGGGGAGGGCACGGACAGCGAGGCUUCGAAGAAGGACAAAAAGGCGGAGGAGAUCAAAAUGGAGACAGACUCCAAAUAGAAGAUCUACCAAAACAUUCGUACGGCGAUGCGAAUUACCUAUUGUCUAAUGUAAGGAAGCAGUUUUUUUCCCCCCGCCGUGUCAGUUGCUUGUUUAGGAGGAGGAGGAGGUGGUGUCUUCGGUUGAGGACAAUUCGAGACAAUUCUAGGCCGAUGCUUGUCAUGAUUUUUAGAACGUAAUCUGAGUAACGGAUAAGAUUAUAGACGAAGGGAGAGAUACGAGAGAGACGCGUUUGUCGCGCUACAAAUAGAGCGCUUUGUCUCGAACGUCUUUGCGGAUUUGUUUACUUCAUGACAAUGAUAAUCGGUUCUUUCGUACGAUGUAUUCAACAUCAUGUUAUAAGCGUGUCACACAAAAGUGAAGGUAGCGCUGCAUUAGGCAAAGCUUAAGUUGACUUGGCUAAUUUUCUCGGACGUAUGUGAUGACUAUAUUAGUUCUGAUAUUAGAUUUGUACCGACGAAACUGACGGACACGUUCAUUGAAUCUGGGAGGCGGUUAGGUUUAUCUCGGUUAACGGCGAAUCGAAUACGAGCAGGAAGAAUCUAACGAACGAGUGUGGUAUAGGUAAACAAGAGGAAGUACGACGACGAACAUUAAUAAUAAACUUUUAAUAAGUUUGAAGUUAAGAGUAGGCAAUAGGACUGUACUGAAAUUUUGUGUGUAUGUCGUGUGCGUAGUCUGUACGUGUAGGAAAAUAUUAUAUCCUUUCUCUCUCUCUCUCUCUCACUUCUGCACAAAGUGACAACCCUUUACGAUGUAUGCUAUUGUCACAAUACGUGACUCACGCAGAAAAUAGGAACAAGAUAUUUAUAACUCGAUGAUUUGGAUGCUUGGUGAUCCCGACGUGGAGUAAGUGCACGUGUUAACGUUUUGUUUUUCUAACACAUUAUAAAUCGGUUAGUUUCAUUUGCAGAAUUUCGUGCGACCCAAGUUAAAAAAAAAACUUUUCAACUUUCAGAUGUUGUCCCCUCAUUCAAGUGAAUUUCUUCUGACUUGUGUAGAUUUUCUGUUCUAUAUUUUUGAAUGAUCAUUGAAUAAAGCGAACAUGUGUACGACAA